UGUAAUUUCAUUUUUUCGCUUUUUGGUCUAAGUUUUAAACUUCUUUUGAGGUGCUUCUCUUCGAACAAAAACUCCCUCAUUCUUUCAAUCCCUCUCUCUCUCUCUCUCUAGACUUAUACAUAUACAGAUAUACUAGACAUACGCAUAUAGUAUUCUGCUGUUUUUGGUGCAUGGGAAUGGGAUUGUGCUGAUUGUAUCAUUGUUAGAUUUGGGAAAAACUGGUUGCUUUUACACAAUAUUUGAAGAAUAACUAGUGUCAUCUACCGGCAGAUCUUGAGAUUUUCUCCGCAUUCGGAUAUGGAUAAGCUGCAGUGGGGGAAUAGAAAGAGGCUGAGGUGUGUGAAAGUGAAAGACUCGCCUUUGAGCGGAAAAUCAGACGGCGGCGGCGCCGCUGUGGUCAAGAAGAAAAUCACUUCAAGAGUGGUGGAUAAUAACCUUAGUAAUAAUGUUAAUAAUUGCAGUAAAGAUGGGAAUGCUCUUCCUCCAGUUCCCUCUCCUCUCCGUUCCACCAGGGACUUAGGUGCGAGUAGAUCUAUUGCAAAUGAUAACCGAAAAGCUUCAACAUCCCUUUCGCCUGAGAAGGAAGACAGGUACUACACGACGAGGGGGUCCGGUGGAUUUGAUGAUGCUACCAAGGCAUUGUUUGCGAAUCCAAAGGAGGAGAACAGGAAAGUCGUCUGGCCAAAGUUGCUGAUUGCACUGUCGAGUAAAGAAAAAGAGGAAGAUUUUAUGGCGAUGAAAGGUUGUAAACCGCCUCAAAGGCCCAAGAAAAGGGCCAAGUUGAUCCAAAGAACCAUAUUAUUGGUGAGUCCAGGUGCAUGGUUAACGGACUUGUGCCAGGAGAGGUAUGAAGUGAGAGAGAAGAAGACUUCUAAGAAGGUAAAUAAACCAUGGUAUAUGCUUCUUGGAUUGGGGCCUUCUCUCAGUGUUUUCGAAGAGUGUGAUGAAUUUUGGAUGUGUGAUUUAUUGCAGAAACCUAGAGGUUUGAAAGCUAUGGGGACUGUGGAGAGUGAUUCAGAGUAAGGGGUUUGUGGUGGAAGAGAAGAUGGGAUUUUUGGUUUCAUUUUUGGAAUAUGCAGACAGGUUAGAAACCAGAGGUGGGGGAAUAUGAUAUGAUGAUUGAUGAUAUUUUAUAGAGGUGAUAGUGAUAUGAAUAGAUAAUUGUGAGGCUUUGGUAGUGAAGAAGCUUCACCACAUUCUGUGUAACGCGUGCUCUCUUUUGUUGUGGCGAUUGUAUCUCUACUUGUACUGCUCAUGCUCUCACACGAGGAAGACGAGAACAUCUUUUUUCUUUCGUAUAAAAUUUGUUUCUUGAUCA